AUGAAUCAUAUUUUGUUACAAACCUUGAACAAGGAUGUUUCGACACCACAGAUACAGCAGCAACAACUCAAGCCUCUGCAACAACAGGCAGGCACUAGUAACCGGGUAGGAUCUGGUGUGGCUUUCCUCAUGGGUGACCCAGUGGUCAGAGAUGCUAGGAUGAGGCUAGACAUCAAGAAGUCAUUUUGUGAUGACCAUAUGUUCUACCCUGAAAGCAAGUUUGGCUGGUCAACAGUGGCAAGCAACACCAAUGCGAGCGCAUACAUUCCUGUAGGGGUGCGUUCUUAUGGUUUAUCAACAUACAAUCAAAGAGUUUCUCAGCAUACGAACUUGGGCGGCGGUGUAGAUAUUAGUGACACAAAUUCGAACGGAUUGGCAGGACCGGUUCCUCACAACACCCGUCAUGUGUAUACGGGGCAGAACUUCAAUAGCAUGGAACAGCACAAGCAACAACAGCAAGUUAACCCUUAUCUGCUGUCCAAUAACGUCCAGCAGUCCUUUAACAUCAACGAUAACCAACAAAGCUAUUACGGUAGAAGUAUGAAAAAUGGCAGUAGCAAUAGCAGCAACAAUUAUAAUACCAAUAGUCUUGGAGGAUCGCAUACCAUCAAUAACAAAUGGUAA